UGACAUUGAAGAUUUUUUUCAAGGAUUUCGUAACCAAAGGCAAUAUGCUACCCACGUGUUCCUUUCCUUUAUAAACGACUGAUUAUUUCAAUAAACUCACAUAUAGAUCUUCUCGGAAUGUUGACCUUACUCAUGUUGUGGGAUGAACCAAAACUUUAUUGUUUUCGUACUACAUGAUAGAGACAAGAAACUACAGUCUUUGCAUGAAUAUUCUAUAUAAAUAUACUUGUACCGAUUGAGAAAAGAUGUCUGAGUAUGAAAAAGUUUUAAAACAGCUUGGUUCAUAUGGACCUUUACACUAUUUUGGGAAAUAUCAGUUUAGAGUUUUCAUCAUUGUAAGCCUGUUUGAGACACCAGCAGCAUGGGCAAUGUUAUUACCUAUCCUAAUCAAUGCAAAGCCAAAAUGGACAUGUUAUGAGGAUAGUGGACUUUUAAGUGGUAAUGCAACCAGAAAUAUGACACAGAAUUAUACAAUGAAUGCAUGUGCAGCAGAUAAUAAAAUAUGUUCUGCCACAGAAUUCUCCGAGGACUUUACUUCUAUCAUAUCAGAGUGGCAUUUAAUCUGUGAGAAUGAAGGAAUACCAUCAUUUAUCACUACCCUACAGAUGGUUGGAGUAUUUCUUGGUGCAUGUAUCACUGGACAGCUGGCUGACAAGUUUGGAAGGAAGAAACCUUUAUAUCUGGAGUACCUGUUACUUCUUGUUUUACUAUUCUGUAGUGCAUUUGCUCAAUCAUGGCAAACAUUUGCUGUCCUCCGAUUCUUCAUUGGUGGAUUAGUUGGAGGUGUGUUGGUAACGAACUUUGUCUUACCAUUAGAAUAUGUUAUUCCAUCCUGGAGAGUAUUUUGUGGCUGUGUAGGUUUUUGGGCUGUAGGACUGAUGCUGCUAGCUCCCCUAGGAUACUUUAUCAGGGAUUGGAGAACCCUAACAAUGGUGACAUCACUUGUAGGAUUACCCAUGCUUCUAAGCUGGAGAUUGGUACCAGAAAGUCCUAGAUGGUUGCUAAGUAAAGGUAGAUUUGAAGAAGCUAAACAGAUCAUACUGACCAUGGCAGCUUACAACAAAGUAGAUAAGCCUGAUCUCACUCCACUACAGUUAUCUAUGAAAAUAGAUAGAAAUGAAAAUAAAGGGUGUCAGAUGUAUAGCUACCACAAUCUUUGUAGAAAUCCAAAGUCUGCAUUCCACAGUUUUAUUGCUAUGUUUUGUUGGUUUGUUUCAAGUUCUGUGUACUAUGGUUUAAACUUUAACACUAAGAAUCUAGCUGGUGAUAGAUACCUCAAUAUCUUCAUAUCGGGAUUGGUUGAAAUACCAGCUUUAGUUUUGGUUCUACUUAUCAGUAAUAAAAUAGGACGACGAAAGACGAUCUCACUUUUAAUGAUAUUGGCAGGAAUCUCAUGUUUCUCAGUUUUAUUUAUAGACUUAGCUGGUGAAAAGUCCUCUGGAUUAACAAUACUAACAAUAGUGCUAGCCAUGCUAGGGAAGUCAGGAAUAGCUGGUGGCUGGGCUGCAGUUCAGGUUUUCUCUGCUGAAACAUUCCCAACUGUUGUCAGGAACAUAGGUAUAGCUGCAUGCUCUAUGUCUGCCCGGGUUGGAGGUGUGGUAGCUCCACAAUUUGAAAGUUUAAAUUCUAUUCAGCAAUCAUUACCAUUCACAAUAUUUGGAGGAUUAGCAUUAGCCUGUGGUGUCUUAGUUUGUUUCCUACCAGAGACUGCUGGGAGACCAUUACCAGACAAAUUAGAUAUAAUUGUGGAAACUCAACUUACUGAUAAAGGGGAAAAGGCAGUAGAUGAAGAAGAAUUUCUAGAAAAUACCCUUUUACAGAAUGAUUGUGAACAAGAGAAUGUUUUUUGAGUUGCUGUGUUCUAAUAUAGUUAUAGUUUAUGACAUUAAUAUUGUUACCCAGAGUGCAAUUUCAUUUAGAUUUUUCUUAGGAUGCAAAAACUAUUGUAACAUGUAAA